AUGAAACGUUACUCGAUGGGCCGACCGUUAACCUUUAGGGAACCGACCCCACCGUCCGGACCGCCUUCUCCAGAAAGUAAUGGGUCGACGCUCAGCCUGUCGGCAGACUGGGAGGUGCCGCAGGAAAGAAAAAGGGACGCCGGGACCAGCACAGAACCGCCAGCCACCAGGACCGUGGGUACCGGUGGAUAUCAUGUCUACCUGGGGUUGGGCCCCCGAAGCUGUUGGCGGUGUGGCAACGAAGGCCACCGACGAGAACACUGCGGAGGGGAGCGGGUGAAAUUUUGUUCUAGGUGUGGCUGCGUGGGUGUGCUAUCACGGGAUUGCUGUGCCCGAACCACCGACCGUGACAGAAGACCGCCCUUAACCACCGUCAGCCAGCGAGGAACCCCGAGCCGGAGCGGACCCUCAGGAAGCAGGGCAGAGGCCGUACUCCCGGAUCUCCGGUUGAGGCCCGCCACACCGACGCCUGCACCGACGCCGGCACCGACGCCUGUACCGACGCCUGUACCGACGCCUGCACCGACGCCUGAACCGACGCCUGCACAGACGCACAUACCGGUACCGUCCAAACCGUCGCCGCCCACACCGUUGCCGACCCCACCGAAAAAGAAGGUGAAAGUGGAUUGA